AUGGGUCCGAUAGAUCCUCUCAAGAGGAAGCAAACUCUUCGGGUCAUCUUUAUUUCUCUACUUUUAGAUCUCAUCUCCUUCACGUUCAUCCUCCCCCUCUUCCCCAAACUCCUUGAGUUUUAUCGGAACCUUGAAGGAUCGCAAGCUUCUUCUUCAUUCCUCAAUCGAAUCUUCUAUGGGCUCAAUAGCUAUAAAUCAUCGUUUUCACGUCCCAUUAGCGACCGUUAUGAUAUAGUGUUACUUGGGGGUGCUCUCGGCUCCCUCUUUUCGUUCUUGCAAGCAAUAGCCUCACCUGUAAUAGGUGCACUGUCCGACAAGUAUGGCCGUCGUACCGCCCUCUUGUGGUCUAUGGCUGGUAACAUAGCCUCAGUCGCCCUCUGGGUCGCUGCAACAGACUUCCGCACAUUCUUGGCUAGUCGUGUGGUUGGAGGCUUGAGCGAGGGAAACGUGCAAUUAGCGACUGCGAUGGCCGCUGAUCUGAGCAACGAGAAAGAGCGUGGCGCGACGAUGGCACUGGUCGGCGUGUGCUUCUCCAUCUCCUUUACCUUCGGACCUGCAUUGGGUGCAGCACUUGCCAACAUCGAGGUACUGGUUGCAAACCCGUUUGCAACGGCUGCAAGCUUCUCGCUAUUUCUUGUAGUUGUGGAGACCUUUUAUCUUUAUUUCUACCUGCCAGAAACGUUGCCAUCAUCUAGGCCCCAAGCAACCUCAAAUGGGUCGUCUGUACAAUCAAAAAGCUCGACGCCCUUAACGGCACGUACUAACUCUCAUGCUCUUCUCAACUUCACACACUUCGUGUUUAUUUUAUUCUUCAGUGGCAUGGAGUUCUCACUCCCUUUUAUGACGUAUGAUUUGUUCGCAUAUACAUCCUCCCAGACGGGGAGGCUUCUUGGAUUUAUGGGCCUGAUUGCAUCGCUAUUGCAAGGCUCACUUACUCGGCGCCUGCAUCCUCUUCGCGUGGUGCAAGUCGGAGUAGUCGCAUGUACAGCAAGCUUCAUACUACUCAGUCAACUGCAUACUGAGAGUCAACUUUGGACUGCGGCAGGUUUGCUCGCAGUCACCACGGGCACUGUCGUCACUGGUUUGAACAGUCUAAGCAGCUUCGAAUCUGGAGACUCGGAAAGGGGAGAGAAAUUAGGUCAUCAUCGUAGCUGGGGUGAGCCACAAUCCUAG